AUGUGGAUUAUCUCUUUCUGGGUCUUCCCUGUCAUUUCGGCGUGCAUGUGGAUAGCCAUGCUCGCCGCAAUGCUAGGGACAUGGUGCGUCCAAGGCCAGCCUAUCUACUCGAGUAUGGAGCAAGGACAGACAAUCGCGUAUAUAUCUGACGUGGGCGCACAGGGCUUGAAGCCAUUGUUUAUUACUGGCAGCGUCAUCACAGUCGUCUUCCUCGAUCUCUCAUUCAUCUCGGAGCGAUGGCUGCGGCAUUCUGGGCAGCUGGUUCGGAACAAGGGGCGUUUUGACAAAUUCUGCGCUAUCGCGUCUAUAUUCUUUAGUAUUGCGGGGGCCUUGGGUUUAAUACUGCUGUCCGUGUUUGAUACUCUACGGCAUCCGCAUCUACAUGACGGUUUCCUGGCCCUGUUCCUCGUCGCAUAUCUUGUCAGCGCUAUUCUCAUCUGCAUCGAGUACCUCCGCAUUGGCAUUUUCUACCGUUCCCAGCACCGUGUGCUCUUGGCUAGUUUUAUAAUAAAGGCUUUCUUCGUGGUGGUGGAGGUCGCUUUGGCUAUUGGCUUUGGUGUCUGCGGCUGGCAUAGACCGCACCACAGGAACACAGCUGCCAUCCUUGAAUGGGUGAUCGCUCUGGUCUUUACAUUCUACGUUCUCUCCUUUGUUGUCGAUCUGCUACCGUCCGUUCGUACACGGAACCAUGUACCUCAAGGCGAGAAGCGCAUGGAUUCAGCCACCGACUCGGAUCAACCCGAGAUGGUGUACGAAGAGCCACUGACGCAGGAUUCAGCCGGGCCGAACGCCAAUGGGAACACGAACUACUACCGCGGGGCGCACGUUUAG